GGGGUUCAGUCUGUGUUUGCCUACCAGAGACACAUCAUCGUAGGAUUAAGAUAUCAACGUGUUCUUUUCUAUUUUUUGGAUUAUACGCCUCACGAAUUCUUCUCCACAUGUUUAAUUAAUCGUGUCAUUAAAGAUUAAGUUCUUGUUAAUCAGAAUCUUAAUCUUGAUUUUUCUAAAGUUGAAUCGGAGAGAAAGAGAGAGAGAGAGAGAGACCACGUGGAAAAACCUGUUCAUACUCCAGUUUGUGUUGAUAAUCUGAAAUCGAAUUUACUUCGAGGAAAAUCAAAAUGUUUUGAUUCGCGGAAAGAAGAAACAAUAACAGACUUAUGCUACUGUGUGUGUAAACAAGUCCAUGUGUUUUAGUGCUCGGUUUCCUUAAUACAAUUUUCGUCUUUGUCAGAAUUUUUCCAACAAAUAAUGCAUUGAUUUACGCUUAUCCCACAAGCGACAAAUCGCGAGAAAAAAAAACAAACCUUCGUUAUCACUGCUGUAUAAUUUUUGUCAUACGCCACCAUUUUGGAGGAAGAAAAAAUAGUGAUUCGUUGAGUGAUUCAAAAAAGAAAAAAGAGCAAGAAUUAAGAAAAUAGUGAUUCUAGUGCAGGAGUGAUUCAAAAUAGAAAAAGGAGAGAAGGAGACAGCAACAGUAAAUAGUGAUUCUUUGAGUGAUUCAAAAGAAGAAGAAGAGAUAAUUUUGGAGCAACAGUAAAAAAUAGUGAUUCGUUGAGUGAUUCGAAAGAAUAGGAAAGAGAUUAAUUUUGGAGCAAGAAUAAAAAAUAGUGAUUCGUUGAGUGAUUGUAGAAGAAAAGGAGGAAAAUAAAGGAAGCAAAGGGAUAAUUCGCAAAGAUAACGAGUGUGGAAGAAAUAAACGGUGGUUUCGCGGGUGGUGCAACGUACGGAUAUACAAGUCGGCAGGCCGGCUCUGGGGUGCCGGGCCCGGGGGGGGUGAUGAGCUGUUCCGAGGUUAUGUAUCAAUAUUAUCCUUACCUCUAUCAGAGGCCACCGCCGCCCCCAACCCACCCCCAUGCGGCCCCACACCCCCAUUCACAUGGGAAUCCUCAUGCUGCCCAUCACAGUCCUGCGAGGCCCGCGCCCUUUCAACCCUUCUCGACUUCAUCGUCCACUCAUCAGUACGACAGGUUAAAUGUGCACCAAAGAUCGUUGGAGGCAGCAGGACUAGAACUCUGUGGAGCGGGGGGAAGUAUCCCUCAAGGUCAACCAAGCAGUACUGGUUCAAUAGGGUCAGCACCAAGUCCAGCGUCCCCAAGACCGACACCCCAACCUAGAGCACCUCUUGCAACCUCCACUUCGCAGUCUUCGAGGACCCUCGACGAUGAUAGAUCGACGGACGUAGGCGGUGGAACGGCGGCAGAAGACUCGGAUGAUGGUGAGAGUAGAGCACAAUAUGUUAGUGCAAAUUGUGUGGUUUUCACUCAUUACCGAGGAGAUGCGGCAACCGAGGUAGAUGAACAUUUUCAUAGAGCCCUUCAACAGGAUAAUAAACUAAAAGAAAAUAUUUCUCCAAUGAACAUGAGAAAUUUUCCACCGUCCUUUUGGAAAAGUCAUCACACUGGAGAUGUUUACGAGUACCCGACGGAUCCAUGGCAUCCGCAUUAUCCCCAAUACCAUCAUAGAGCCGUUCACGAAUACCACCACCAUAAUAUGGCGGCGGCAGCGAGUUACGGCGGUUUAUUAUUGGGUGGUGCUAGAGGACUUGGACACCAUACAACCCACCAUGCGGCGCAUCACGCGCAUGCCACAGCAUCCUACAAGGACUGGACGUCGGCGACGCCGUCGCAAUCUCUUGUCGACGCUUCUUCGGCGCCUCCUUAUCCCCACGGUCCAUAUGCACCCUUAUCUGGUCUCGAGUCUCAAGUUCAAGAUUCCAAAGAUAUGUAUUGGUUCUAGAAUUGAGUGCCAGUAUUUCGGUCCAUUAAUGACUGAUAAAGGACCGAUAAAGUCAAAAAUUGGUAAUUAG